CUGUAGCUCGGUUACCAGGGAUAAAUCUUUGGAUGGGUGGGUCCCGACUAAAAUAUUAAUCUUCGGAGUAAAUCUCAGUUCCAGCCGGCCAGGUACAGGAGAUAAACAUAAAAAACGAUCCGAUAACGGGAGAGAUCCCGGUCGCCUGUGUCAUCUGGCGGAUUAAAAUCUUCAUGGAUAUAUAAAACGUGUAUGAAAAUGAAUGUCCGUCAGUUGUCCCAGAUUCUCAACUUUCGAGCCUCUGGAGAUUGUUUACAGUACUGAGAUGGAGACGAUACAUCAAUGGAGCCGCGCACGGGUGGGACAGUGGCUGACGGAAUCCGGGUUCCCGGAAUAUCGGAAAUUGUUUGAGGACCGGAACAUUGACGGGGCGGCUUUGUGUGGCCUGACGGAGGAAUCGCUUCAACGGGAGCCGCUAAAUCUGACAGUGGUCAGUGAUAUUCAGAAACUUGUAGGCUGUAUUCAGCAGCUAAAACAGCAUCACCAACAUUCAGCCGUCUGUAAUGGCCAGGGCCCGCAACUCCUGCCGUACAAGGCUUUCGAGGUGGUGGAGAUGGAGGAUUCCGAGAAUAGCUUUGACAGUGACCGGGAGCUGUUGAGUAAGACGGACGACAACCAAAAUACGGUGUACUACAGUCGCUUCAGCUCGGAGCUCCGAAAAACGGUGCUAGCGGUGGCAUAUGGCGCUCUCUCUCAUUUCAUGACUUCCGUUGCCAUUGUGACCGCCCAGUCCAGGCUUCCAGACAAGAAGCGGUACCCACCCCUUCCGGAUAUAUACCUGGAUAACUUCGCCAUGAUUCCCUGGGCCUACAAGGUGUCGGAGAGCGUGAUCCUGAGUCUGUUGGCUUUACUGUGCGUCAUCCUUAUCUUCCAUAAACACAGAUGGGUGGUCCUGCGCCGGACUAUGGUCAUCGCCGGAAGUAUCUACCUGCUGCGCUGUAUCUGUGUCACCGUCACCAAUCUCCCGAUGCCUGAGAAGCACUACAACUGUGACAGAAUGGUUUUCCAGGACAGCUGGAGUCAGUUCAAAAGAAUCCUGGUUGUUUACUCAGGGAUGGGGAUGAAGCUUGGCGGGAUGAAGACGUGUGGGGACUACAUGUUUAGCGGCCACACCAUCACUAUAACUAUCGCUACUCUCACUGCCAUUGAAUAUACACCCAGUCGAUAUCGUCUGCUUCACCUGGCUCUGUGGUUGUACUGUUUCUGUGGAAUGUGGGCCAUUCUCGCCUCCCACGGGCAUUACACGCUUGACGUAGUGGUCGCCUUCUACAUUUCGUCAAGAAUCUUCAUGUACCACCAAACAUUUGCCAACAACCUCACAAUGAUGAGGCGAAAUCGGAAGCGAAUCAAAAUUUGGUUUCCUGUUUUCUAUUUCUUUGAGAAGGACACCCAUAGGGCUGUAAAGAAUGAGUACGAAUGUCCCAUUCCCAGUAUUGACUCUUUGAGAAAGUUUAUCAAAGACAGACGUGUGGACUUCUGCUUGAAACAGUACACAGUGUUUCGUCAUUCAUGACCUCAUUAGGCACGCGUGAAGUCCUACAACAGAAUCAAUGCAAUUAUCUGUGUUUGUGUAUGCGUGUUAAUGUGUAUAUGAACUUCAUUGUGUACAUGUAUUUAAUCUUAAUUUAUUGAUCAAUCACGCCAUACUAGUAUUCAUUUUACAAAUUAGCAAAAUUUGUGGAAUUACUUACACAUUUUAUGUGUUCCAUUUCUAACGAAUGGUUUUAUCAUUCGUUUCUGUUUGACAAAUUUGCAUUACGUGAUUUGUUUUUCGAGUCACGCAGACCAUCAAAUGUCUGUUAUUUUUACAAUAAACGGGUUUUAUUUUUCA